UCCCAUCCUCCGAAGAUGAGUUCCGCCGGCGGCAGGGGCAAGGCGAAGGGCUCCAAGUCCACCACGCGGUCGUCCAAGGCCGGCCUCCAGUUCCCCGUCGGCCGCAUCGCCAGGUACCUCAAGAUCGGCAAGUACGCGCAGCGCGUCGGCGCCGGCGCCCCCGUCUACCUCUCCGCCGUCCUCGAGUACCUCGCCGCCGAGGUCCUUGAGCUCGCCGGCAACGCCGCGCGCGACAACAAGAAGACCCGCAUCGUGCCGCGCCACAUCCAGCUGGCCGUCCGCAACGACGAGGAGCUCAGCAAGCUGCUCGGCGCCGUCACCAUCGCCGCUGGCGGCGUCCUGCCCAACAUCCACACCACGCUGCUCCCCAAGAAGGCCGGCAAGGCAAAGGGCGACAUCGGAUCUGCUUCCCAGGAGUUCUAG